CUUCUUCUGCUGGCGCCAGGUAACCACCUACCACCUGCCUAUAUAGACUCCCCCGUCUCACUUCUCAUUUUUCACAUACGAAACUCCACCGAUCCAUCGAUCAAACCUCUCAACGCAGCUGCUGGUUCUUCCAGUACUCCACACUUACAAGCAGCAUCUAGAUGCCGUCUGGUCAGCAGGAGCAGCGGCACAGGACGGUGAGGUCGGAGCCGCCGAAGCGCCCCGCGGGGCGGACCAAGUUCCACGAGACGCGCCACCCGCUGUACCGCGGCGUGCGCCAGCGGGGCCCCGCCGGGCGGUGGGUCUGCGAGGUGCGCGUGCUCGGGAUGAGGGGCUCCAGGCUCUGGCUCGGCACCUUCGUCACCGCCGAGAUGGCGGCGCGCGCCCACGACGCCGCCGUGCUCGCGCUCUCCGGCCGCAAAGCCUGCCUCAACUUCGCCGACUCCGCCUGGCGGAUGCUGCCCGUGCUCGCGGCCGGCUCCUUCGGCUUCGGCAGCGCGCGGGAGAUCAAGACCGCCGUCGCCGUCGCCGUCCUCGCGUUCCAGCGGCAGAAGAUUGUUCUUCCCGUCGCGUGCCCGGCGGCGGAGCCGGCCGUCGUCCCGAAGAGCGGCGCGCUCUUCUCCAUGUCCUCCGGCGACUUGCUGGAGCUCGACGACGAGCAGUGGUUCGGCGGCAUGGUCGCCGGGUCGUACUACGAGAGCUUGGCGCAGGGGAUGCUGGUGGAGCCGCCGGACGCCGGAGCGUGGCGAGAGCAGAGCGAGCACAGCGGCGUGGCGGAGACGCAGACGCCGUUGUGGGGCUAAUCGUUCAGCUAAGCAGAGCACAGUUGUACUGUACAUAGUUGUUGUGUUGUGUUCUUCCCGAUUUGGGAAGAAACAGAGUAGGCAGUUUGUUUAUUGUC